CUCUCUCAGCAGUGACAGCUACAGGGUAGCAACAGUGAUCACCUGGAAGGUUUCACACACCUAUGUCUCUGUGCUACCAGUUAGAGAAGUGCUGCUUUCCGGCACCCCCUCUUCCCUGAGACACCCUGGGAGUUGGCUUCCUCUUUUCACCUGGGAAGAAGGAUUCCAGAAACCUGAUAAACUGGAAACAUCAAGAGGCUAAAGCUAAGGAAAGCUAACCACAAGAAAGUUUUUAUAAAGAAUCAUUACAUUUAAUUGUCUAAAGCAGAAAAAAAGAUGAGCCUCCUCAAAGAGCGUAAACCAAAGAAGCCUCAUUACAUCCCAAGACCGCCAGGAAAGCCAUUUAAGUAUAAGUGCUUUCAGUGCCCCUUUACUUGCAAUGAGAAAUCCCAUCUUUUUAAUCAUAUGAAGUAUGGCCUCUGCAAAAACUCCAUUACUUUAGUAUCAGAGCAGGACCGUGUUAUCAAGUGCCCAAAGACUAGUUCCUUGGAGCCCAAGCAGAUCAAUCACCUAGAGCCUACAGUCAAACCCACUUCUUCCAAGUCAGCCACAAACGGACUGUCGAAUCUUGAUUCAAAGCCUCAAUAUGCUUUUCCAAAAGAAGAUGCCAAGGAAAAUGUUGAGUUACAAAACCAAGCAACGAACACAGCAAUUCAAGGUCAGAAACCUGCAAUCCAGAAGGAACUAACCCCUGCCAGUACCUCAGCAGAAAGCACCCUCGGCAUGCAGCCUCUUCUGGACAGCAUCGUGAGGCCCUCAGCUUUUGUUCCCGUAGGAGAGCACAGAGAUAGCAAAGGCCCAGAAACUAGUGAAGUACCUGAAAUUCUAUCGCUCUCUAACAAAAGUUCACCUUUUCACACUAAAUCUGCAUUUCAUGCACCAAGUCACCCAUGGAAAGCAGGUUCUCCUUUCCUCCCAGAAUUUCCACAUAAAGUUCCACCCACAAAAGGCUUUGGUUCCAUUCCACCUUACAUGCAACCGAUGAUUCCAGAGUACUCGCCCCACUUUUAUGAGCACAGGCUGGCCAUCUACACACCGUACUUGCUUCCAGGUAAUUCCGACUGUGAAAGCUCUGCUCUGUCUGUCUACGGCACGCAAGACCAAAGACACUUUCUUCCUCACCCUGGGCCACUUCCAAAACACAUAAAUCCAUCAGCAUAUGAACACUAUCGAUUGUUCCAACAGUAUCAUUCCACUCCUCCAAUACCAUAUGGAUUCUGCAGGCCCACGGAUCCUCCUUUUUAUCGAUUUUCACACGUAGCCGGUAUUAACAGAGAUCAAAGUUCUCAUCUAAUGGAAGAAACUACUUUGUUAUAUCCAGCUUCUUUAAGUCCUUCCCAACAAUAUCCUCUAGGUUCACAUAAAAAACAAGCAGACUAUGAAAAGGAAAUAACAUUACUGCAUGCCAAAAGCCAUUCCAAAGAUGACCAAAAUGAAAGAGAGAAUGCUAAAAUGAGCCCUCUUGCAGGAAGUGCAGCAACGGGCUCCCCCGGCAGGCCUAGCCCCACCAACUUCACUCAGACAAGCCAUGCGUGUGAGGGCUUAUUUGACCUCUCCAACAAAUCGUCUUCCACAUCGCUUGGAAAAUAUGAUCAAGCAGAAGAAAACCUUACAGCCUUCAGACCUGUGAGAAAAAGCACUGAUCAACCAGCUCUACCUCCAAGCGUGCCAACACAGCAAGAUAGAGAAGACUCACCUUCCAGCAUUAAUGUCACUGACGAAGAUUCAUAUACACCAAAUGAAAGCCACAACAAUGAAGGAUCACUGUCCAACACAGAAGACAGCACCGGAAUAGCUCCCCUUAAUCUUUCCAAGAAGGCUGACACAAAUGCAGGACCUCCUCAUGAACAUGCAUACAAAGCCAUGUCCAAAACAGAAAGUCAGAGCUUUCUAGAAUUGCAAGAUAUGCCUCUGAACCUCUCAGUAAAAGAUUCCUGUAACACAGUAAGCCUGAAAACAUCAUCCCGCAGUCCAGCUCAUGAUAACGGUGCUGCUACUUCUCCAAAGACAGAAAAUGAAAACUCAGGAGCAGAAAGCUCAGGAGCAUGUAACCCCAAGAACCCUAUUAACAGUGCCUGUGACAAACCUUUCCUGUCUCACCAUAAUGAAGCUCAAGACUUACGCAUCAUUGACAGCUGUGAUGAACAGAAACAAACAGCGGCUGUAGCUCUCUGUCAGCUAGCUGCAUACAGCCCCAGCACAGUUAGGAUGGACAAUGAAGGGCAGAGUCCUCAGGACUGUAAUGCUUUGAGUACAGAAUCUACUUCUAACUCUUCUGAUACUCAGGAUACUCAGUGCAGUCAAAAAGUAAAAGGACAGAAAAGGACAAGUCAAAAAGAAUCAGCAAAAUCACAGCAAAGCACUAAAAGAGUAAGGCCAAAUGACUGCAGCAGAGUCUUCACUUUGAGGAAGAGAACAAGAGUAUCUUAAUACUCCACUUUCCAAUUUGUUUCUAAUCAUAGAAAUUAGUUGCCAUCUACAGAGAAAUUUUCUACAAACCAUCUCUUAUUAGAUUUGGUCCAUGACAAGAUACAUUCAAACUCUCCUAUGUAAAUAAUGUUCAUAAUUUUAUAUUAGUAUUUUUAAAUAAUUGAGCGUUCCCUUCUAUAAGCACAGGUUUUGAUGAGUGAAUUUUUGCAUUCAUUACUAAAGCCAAAGUCCUUUACACAAAUCUCUAAGACUUUUUGCAAUUGUAUUAAUGUAAAAUAACUUUAACAACUUCUUUUUCUUAUAAGAUGUCUAAGUUGUAGAAACAAUACUGUUCAAUAACAUACUGUCAGUAUUUUUCAGGAUUAAUUUUAUUUAAUAGAGGUGGUUUUUUUUUUUUUUGUCUUUUUUCUUUGAACAACUUUUUAUUUCGUGGUUCAGUAGAUUAAAAGAGCUUAAGAUUAGACCUGGCUACUUAGAGUUUACUGUAAAAACUGGCCAGGGGAUGAAUGCACUUCGCCAUUAUGCCAUAAUGCAAAGCAACAGUCCAAAUUACUCAGAGGCAGAUGCCAGCUUGAACAGACCAACCCAAACCUUGUAUAAGCAAGCUUUUCUCAUGUUGGCUAAAAACAAUACUUGAGCUAAACCAGAGACAGCCUGCACCAAGUUAACAAGUGCAGUUUAGCUUUAACUGAACCACUAUGAAAACAAUACUGAAAAUAUGAAGAUCUAAAUGAUUUAGGUGCCUAAUCCUCUGAGCUUAGAUAGACCCUGGGCAACCUUCAAACUCCAAGCCUUGAAGGAUAUUUAUAUAAUUUAUUUCACCUGAGAGAAGUCUCCUGGUGAAGGUUUUAUUUCAUAAAACAUGCAUCACCAAUUAUCAGUUUCAGUGUGCUUCUAAAUGGAUCCUACAACUGCUAAUUCUGCUUCUACAACCGUGUACAUAAACUUGUAAUUUUUCAAAUAAAUCUGCAACCUGUACCUAAAA